CUCUCUACCCAUUCGGCGUAUUUCACUCGGAUAACUUCUCUCUAAAGGAAAAUACUGUUUAUGGUUUUGACCGAAGAUUUCAAGAUGUCUCGCACCGACGAGGUUCACCGCAUAACGGAGAAUGUCUACAAGUCCAUCAUGGAACAGUUCAACCCCUGCUUGCGGAACUUCGUUGCCAUGGGGAAGAGCUAUGAGAAGGCCCUAUCCAAUGUGACGUUUGCUGCUAAAGGCUACUUUGAUGCCCUGGUGAGGAUGGGAGAGCUAGCCAGUGAGAGCCAGGGAUCCAAGGACAUGGGGGACGUGCUGUUUCAGAUGGCGGAGGUCCACAGACAGAUCCAAGUACAGCUAGAGGAGAUGCUGAAGUCUUUCCACAACGAGCUGCUGUCUGAGCUGGAGAAGAAGGUUGAGCUGGAUGCUCGUUACCUGACGGCUGCGUUGAAGAAGUACCAAGUGGAGCACAAGAGUAAGGGAGAGAGUCUGGAGAAGUGUCAGGCUGAACUGAAGAAACUCCGCAGGAAGAGCCAAGGCAGCAAGAACCCCUCCAAGUACGGAGAGAAGGAGAUGCAGUUUGUGGAGACCAUCAGUAGUAAGCAGAGUGAACUGGACACCUUCAUAGCAGAGGGCUACAAGACUGCUCUGUCUGAGCAGCGCAGGAGGUACUGUUUCCUGGUGGACAGACAGUGUGCUGUAGCCAAGAACAGCAGCGCCUACCACGGCAAGGGUAAAGACCUGCUGACCCAGAAGAUCCCAGUAUGGCAGCAGGCUUGUUCAGACCCCAACAAGCUACCAGAGCGGGCCAUGCUCCUAGUCCAGCAGAUGGGCUCCGGGUCCAGCACGGGCACCGCUUCCCUGACCAUGGGCGGCUCCAGCCCCCUGAACACCUCCAAGUCUAACCUGUCCAACCUGGUCAUCUCUGACCCCAUUCCCGGGGCUCAGCCACUCCCUGUCCCCCCAGAACUGGCCGUCUUCAUGGGUGGUGGGCUGGGGCACCAGGCGAGGCUGAUGGGUUCAGAUGGGAUGUCCAUGGUGAACGGUACGACAGGACUCCACGGAGAAGAAGAGUAUUGUUACAGUGGUGCCGUGACCGUUCUUCUGGAUCGGAUCAUCCUUCGCUGGAUUUCCAUCUCAGAACUUCGCCGUGGUUGCCGUUGA